AUGCGCACCAGUCAAAUAAUGGCAUUGGCUCUGGCUACGAGGGCCACAGCAAUCAAUAUCCUUGGAGUAUCUAUUCCCGAUGGCCUGUUAACGGGGACUUGGUAUGGUGCGCCAGCAAACGAUUUCGACUGCAUCGACCCUCAAGGCCGGAAUCCAGUUAUCUUGAUCCACGCCUUAUCGGCAUCGCGAGAGGUCGAUCUGAACCUCCUGCACAAAAACAUGACAUCAGAAGGGUGGUGUGUGUUUUCACAGACAUACGGUUCGCCCAUAGAUCCACCUUUGGUCGGUGGUCUCACAGAAAUGACUGAAUCAGCGAAAGACGUUGGUGCAUUUAUUCUCGAGGUCGCACAAAAGAGAGGUGGAAAGGUUGAUCUUGUUGGUCACUCAGAGGGAGGGGUACAGACUCUGUAUGUACCAAUGACUCAACCCGACGUCGCUUACGUCGUUGACCAUGCUAUUGCACUGGGGCCGGCGGUACAUGGUGCUCAUUAUUUCGGAUUAACGGACUACUUCCAGUCUUUACCUGCCCCGAUUCCAUCCUUACUCAACGAUGCUAUCAAGCCGCUAUGUGCUGCCUGCGUGGAUAUGGAGAAUAAUGUUGGGGAUAUCUUUUUGGCGUUCAAGAACAGUUCCAAGAUCGUGCCGGACAAAAUAAAUGCUACUAUCAUCAUGUCCAACUACGACACCCUCGUCAGUCCCAAUGUGAGCAGGGUCGAUGAGCCGAAUGUUCAAAACCUCAUCGUUCAAAACUUCUGCCCCGACGAUCAUCUUGGCCACGCUGACCUCGCCUGGUCCGAGAGUGUCUGGGGUAUCAUCAAGAGCCAGUUGCAAGAAGAAAAUGUCCAUUUAAUCUGUGAUAAUGGGCUUCCUUUCAGAAAGUAA